GAUUCUAGAUACCUACUGCCAUUGCAAUGGUGAAUACCUAAAUUCAAAAUUUCAGCGGUCACUGUGAAAAGCCCGACAUAUACUCGUCGCGAGGGAGUGACGGUGACAGAGUAGAACCCCAGAACAAGCAGCAUGAAAUUCCGAUACGCCAUGGUGUGCUCAUCGAACCAGAACCGGAGCAUGGAGGCGCACUCGCUCCUCAAGAGGGAGGGCUUCGAGGUCUCGUCUUACGGAACCGGGGCUCACGUUAAGCUCCCUGGUCCCUCCCUUAGAGAACCCAACGUCUACGACUUCGGUACCCCAUACAAGCAGAUGUACGAAGAUCUCAGGCGCAAAGACUCCGAGCUCUACAAGCGUAACGGCAUUUUGCCAAUGCUAAAAAGAAAUUCAACAGUCAAACUGGCUCCUCAGCGUUGGCAAGAUAAUGCUGCUGAUGGUUCCUUUGACGUGGUUUUCACAUUUGAAGAAAAGGUUUUUGAUAUUGUCGUUGAAGAUCUUCACAACCGGGAUCAUGUUCUUCUGAAAACUGUGCUAGUGAUUAAUUUGGAGGUAAAAGAUAACCAUGAGGAGGCAGCCAUAGGAGCUCGGCUUACUUUAGAUCUGUGCCAAGAGAUUGAAGCGUCAGAAUCAUGGGAAGACUCGAUUGAUGAUAUAGUGGCUAAUUUUGAGAAACAGCAGCGACGGAAGCUAUUGUAUAGCAUCUCCUUCUAUUGAAGAACUAUACCCUCGCCAAAUCUCUUAUACGCCAACCCUAUUCCUGCUGAUGAUGUUUGUCAUUACCUUCCAUUUUUCUCUCUUACAUGUAGAAUCAGGUAUUGACUCCAUUUUCAAUGGGUUAUAUUGUGUUUCACAUGAA